CUGACGAUUUGCCCGUUCACGUUCCGCAACCAAUAUGUCACAGCAUGCAAGGACGGUCGCAUAAUGAAAACAAUUAAAGAUACUGCCCCCCCCCACCGAACCAACAUGCAGAUUAAGCUUGGUCAUUGGCUGGCCUGACACAUGCGUAGUGUGAUAAACACAGACAGCAUGAAUGGUGCAAUCAUUGUCAGGUGGAAACGAAAGGUCGAACUCUAAAGUGACGUUUAAGAUAACCCUCACAUCUGAUCCAAAGUUACCAUUUAAAGUGCUGAGUGUUCCUGAAUCCACACCAUUCACAGCUGUUCUGAAAUUCACAGCCGAAGAGUUUCGGGUACCACCAGCUACCAGUGCAAUUAUUACUAAUGAUGGUAUUGGCAUCAACCCUGCACAAAGUGCCGGCAACGUUUUUCUAAAACACGGCUCGGAACUCCGGUUAAUACCAAGGGACAGGGUCGGACACCCGCAGCAAACUUAAGAUGUAUACAAUUGUUUCAAAGGUCUUCUUAAACAAGUAUUUGGACAUAGGGACAAUCCUUACUGAAGCUGUCAUAUUGAUCAAAAUGUGUGGGAUAAGAAAUGAACAUUUGUGACACUUGGCGUCAGGCAGGCACACUGAAAGCUUACUGGCUCCGUACAGAGCUGUAGAGGGCGCUACAGAGCCUGCUUAUAAGAGCCAAAUGGACAGCACAUGGUUUUGGUCAUCAAGGGAAAACCCUGCUCCACCAGUUGUGGAGGGCUCAUAGUCACAAUAUUUCCAACUGAAUUAAGACACAUACAAAAGGCAUAGUGUCUUUAAUAGAAAUAUGGCUAUUUUAUUUUCUUUUAAAUGAAACCCGUUGUGCACAGAGGCCUUGAGCCAAAAAAAGUAAUAUGGGACGUACUGCUGUGAAAGGUUAGCUCCAAUCUUGCAGCAGUAUUUCUUCUAAUAUUGUAAGGAAACAGAAUUAAAGAGAAACACGUUUCAUCGUUGUCUUUAUUCUCCGUGUAGAAUUUACUGAAUAAGUUGCUUGAUUUGAGAAAAAUAUUACAUGUACAUUUUUAAUAACUCUGCCUCAGAGUGCAUGUUCAGGCUGGUGCAAGUAUCAUCAUGGCGUUUCCAGUUAUUUCCUACAUGUAUUUAUUUUAUUGAUAUAUUACGGAAUGAUUCUUCCUAUCUCUACAUGGAUCACGACCUUCAAGUAAUCAGACAUUGUUGUCAUUUGAAGAAACGGUAAUAUUGAAGCCACCCUGACAAACACGGCUGUGAAGUGACAUUUACAGUUGCCGGUCAUUUCUUUCAUUUUGGCUCCCCAAAAUAUCAAGUUAAAUUUGUCACUUGAUUUUAAAAGUACUCCAUCACAAAUUGGAUCACUUUAUUGCUUCAUCUGUUGGGUAUAUUUGAUGAAAGUGUUUUGGACAGAAUGAAAGACAAAAACGAGGCUAUAUUAUUUGAAUGUUUAUUUUAAUACCAGAUGAUUUUUAUUGUCAUAUCAACUCCUGUUGUUAGUAAAAAUUUGACAUCACCUUUGUCAAAAGAGCUGUGCAUUGUAACAACCCAUGUUUGGCUAACAAUCUUAAUCACUUGUCACUGGUCCAUCAAAGCCCGUCCUUGUAACCUUAGCCCUUUGUUCAUACAUGUACAUUGCAUGCGUCUUUACAAUUUGUGAUAAAAGAAAUACAAUUCGAACAGUAGCCCUUUGUGACAGCUUUUAAAAAGAAAACUUGGCAAAGUGGGCAUACAUUUGAUCGUGGAAAAAUUAUGUAUUUCUGAGAAAUUAAUAUGAUUUAAUGUGUAAAGCUGGGAUGGUACAAUUUCUCUAAAAUGAACCACCCACUUGUGUUGGGAAGGCAUAUCCUUACACAUUUAAUCCCAACAAAAUUUGGUAGCUGGAGGUGCGCUUUUUCAAUGUCAGUGAAAUAAAUUAAAAGUUUCUUUGUCUGAAAACAGAA